AUGAAUCUAAGAGAUGCUAUCUUAUCAUUGUAUUCUCAAGAUCCAUCAGAAUAUAAUCAGGCAUUUUUAGUAUGUAAAGACUUUCAAACUCCGACUGGUUUUGAUUUUCAAGAGUUUUGCCAGUUAGUUUCUCCAGAAUUAGAUUUUCAAUUUCGAAAUUUUGGAUAUAAUUCUCUCAAAGUGAUACUAAUGCAAUAUUGGAAAGAUAUAUCACCAGAAUUACAACAAUUAAUUACAAAUUGCUUUCCAUUUUAUCAAAAUACAGAUGAAUCCGAUCCUUUCGCUUCAAUAAUUUGUCAUACUACAUCAAUAUUCCUCCUUUUUUGCGCAUCAGAUGAUCUUCUUAACCAAUAUUUCUCGUCUUAUGACAAUUUUUGGAAUGAAGUUGUUCUAAAUUUUCUAAUUGAGCUCGGCUCAGUACCAAAUUCAUACCAAAGAACUAACUGCCUCAAGAAUAUCUACAACAAUGCUCAUGAUUUAAUAUUCGAGAAGUUUAUUUUGCCUUUAACUUCAGAAAAUUUUGAUUCAAAACUAUUCGAAAUCCUAGGAAAGAUACAUGAUUUAGAAUCACCUUUUGUAACGAAACUACUUUCAAUGCCACGAGUUGAAGAAAUAUACUCAAGAUUCGCAGAAUUAGUUUGGAUUCCUGAUUCAUUACCAGGUCUCAUAUCAAUUUUCAUGUCAACACUAUCCUCAGGCCAACCAUGUCCAUACAGUGCAAAUUCUAUUGCCGAUUCAGCCCUUUCUGUUAUCCCAGAAUAUUAUCAAAUUUUAUUUGCGACAGAAGACGUCGAAGGCAUAGAAGAAAUUGAUCAAUAUGUUAGUGCAUUCUGUAAUAGAAUACAAUUAUUCUUUUUAGCUCUUCCAAAAAUAGAAAUUUCAAAAUUAAAUUCGAUGUUUGAUUUUAUUACGUUCUUAUUCUCAACAACAUCUCCCACAGCAAUGCACAACAUUGUUAAAGAACUUACAAAGUCUCUCAGGUCUCCAGAGUUUAAAACAGAAGAUUUUUUCAACGCAUUAUUAGAAGAAAGAUUAAAAAUUGUUGAUAUCUGUUCAACAGCUAUCACAAUUGAUCUGAAGUCUCUUUAUCUCAAUAAAUAUGACUACGAGACAGAGAUUAAUGAUCUAAAAUCAUCAUUUUAUCAAUUGAUAUCUUCGAUUUCAGAAAUUUUCGAUUCAACCGUUCUCUGCCAGGAAAUCAGUCAACUUAUACUUACAAAAGAUCCUUCGAGUAUCUAUGGCCUCAUCAGACUUCUUUUUAAUGUAAUUGUCGAACCGAAUGAAGAAAAUAUCGAAGUUGUGAGAAAUUCUCUUUCAAAUGUCUUUGAAUUCAUUUUCACUAAUAUGAGUAAGAUCCCACAGAAUGUGCAUGAGUAUGCCUACAAACUGUUAUCUAAGAUAUGUCCUUAUUUGGAUCUGAAUUCUCAACAAGCGACAGAAAUUUUUAAUUUUACAUUACAAAAUUGUUUUGAACAAAAUUCUAAAUCAUAUGAUCCUGUUACUGUUUUUCUUCUUGACUUUUCUACAGCAUUCAUGUCUGUCAUCGAGUUUCCAAUCGAGCAAAUGCAGAAUACUCCAACAACAGCGAAAUAUUUUUGGGUAACGAGAGUUAUUUUAGCAAAAAUUUCUGUUAUCACAAAUUUUGAUUUUCUUGGUGAAUCGAUUCCAUUUGCAAUCCAAAUGAUGAAUGAUGUUGACAGUAACAAUCUAUUGAAUGAUAUCAACUACAAGAUCGGAAGAGUCCUCGAGUUCCUUUCUUAUGUUCCUUCUGAUUGUUUAACAGAAUCAUUUUAUACACAAAUUUUCGAAAUUCUCUUGAAUCAUUUAUCAAUGAUUGUUUUGAUGAACGACAACAACACAUUCAUUGCUCGAGCAUUCCACCAUGUCAACAGAGCUCUCAUUCACAUGCUCGAGUUCGUACCUGAGCUCUCUGUUGAAGUUCUUCCGAAAUUAACAGCUCCAACAGAACUUUCUUCAGCAACAGAAUUGUGGCUUAAUGAAACAGUUCUUAAAGUUAUUGAAACAUCUUUUCAAUAUGAUCCAAAUUCAACAAGUGAAUUCUGCAAUAACUUGAUUAUUCAUUUGUUCAAAUUGAUUGAAAAUUCAGAAACAGAUUUAAUUAAUGUUAUUAAUCAAGUUUCAUUAAUUAUUUGUCGAUUAUCAUCAUUUGUUUCAGAUGAAAGUGCAUUUGAAGUAUUUAAUGCAAUGAUUGAUAAUUGUAAUUCACGAAUUUAUGAAUCAAUCAUUUCAUCAAUUAAGAAACGAGGAUUUGUCUUUUUCACACAUUUUUGGUCUAAAUUGAUCACACGAAAAGGUAACAAAGAAACCGAUAGUUUGACAUCAGCAAUCUUUGAUCUGAUUGAAGAUAAAAAUAUUGACUUUUCAGAUUUAUUACAACUUAAUGGUGUUAAUGAAGCAGAUUUAUCAUCAAUGCGAAACCGAUAUUUGGGAGCAACAUCUUCUAAAACAAAAAAGAAACACAUCAAAAACUUCUUACUUUCAAUAACAAACACACAAUAA